AUGUACCGCCACUUGAAACGCCGAUUUCGCGCAGAUUUUAAUACUUAUGAGGAGCUGCUGCACGCCUGCAUUCGUGAUGGCAACAUCCCAGAACUGCGAGCGCUCCUACAUUCGAACCACGCCCGCAUCAGCUAUAUACAUCCCGGUUUCGGCGCUCCGCUUCACUACGCUGCCACCUUGGGGGAUCUAGACGCAAUAGAGCUUCUGCUCGCUGCCGGCGCGGACCUCUUUCUUUUGAGCAGUGGCGACUCGAGUCUAACGGCAAUUGGCUGUGCCGCGCGGGAGGGGCAUCGAGACGCAGUCGCGCGGCUUUGGGCAGCUGCGACGCCAGAAGACCAGCUGCGAAAUAUCACACCGGGCCGGCAAAGCCUCAUUGUAGCCGCUAUGUACGGGCGUGCGGCUAUUGUAUGUGACUUGUUGUCUUGCUGGCAUGGGUGGCCGCUACAACUGAAGUACACUGCACUUCUCUGGGCUGCUCGCCGCUGGCACUUUGAAGUGGCAUAUCUACUUAUAAAUACAGUAGACUUUGGCAAGGACAAACUCGACGAAGCUCUAAGCUAUGCGGUCAAGAAAAAGACUGAACUGCCUGACGAGUUUAGAAGCAGAUGUGAAGGCUUCGAAUACUCAAACCAGCAGUCUUUGAUCGCAUCGCUGAUCGACGCAGGAGCGGCGCCCAAUUCUACAUGCGAUGGCAUGCCUCUAUUAUGCUACGCCGCCGAGGACGCAAAUCUAACGGGUGCACUCAGGGUCCUUCUCGAGAAAGGCGCCGACCCCAACACCUGUAGCGAGAUGGGGCGUUCGGCACUGCACAUGGUCGCUGGCGCCGUCGCACAAGGCCAGAUUGACCGCCCCGUCGUUAACGAAACCGCAAUACGUCUUUUGAUACACCAUCACGCCUCUGUAUCCCAGUCAGAUGAGGACGGAGAGACACCUCUACACACGGCUGCUUUUGGAGUAGACCUGCGUCUCCUUCGGCUCUAUUUGUCUGCCUGCGGAAAUACAGAAGAGCAACAGGCACUGCUAUUUGCCAAAACCCACCGCGAGGAAACAUUACUGCAUUUUGCUGCGGCGGGUGGCUGCUUCGAGACAAUAUCCUUUUUAAUCUCUCAAGGACUCGACGUGAAUGCCAGAAAUGUGAAUGGGUGGACGCCUUUGAUGUGCGCUCUAGUCCUAGUUGAUGGCGGUAGUCUGCGAACUUCUCUCGUGACAAAGCCACCAGACACCGCGAUACAGGCGGCUCGUUGUCUGUUGUCCUUGGGAGCGGACGCCACUAUUCAAACCGACGAGGGAUGGACAGCUCUGCAUUGCCUUGCAUUGUACUGCCAUUACGAUUUUUGCGAUAGAGCGAGCGCCUUCACCAAGGAGCUGCUAUCACACGGCGCCAAUCCACACGCAGAGGCUGUUCUACUACGCCGAGUAUUUGCCGCCGGGCCAAGUAGCGGUAUGCCUUGGGGAUGGCGCUUGGGAGAGGCAAUGGUGAAUCCAGAAAAGUUUCAAAUGGUGGCCAGCCCGAAAAUGCCGGUUCUGUCCUGGGCCGCUGAGCGCGGUGCUCUAGGAGUCCUCAGGGCUCUUCUAACCCAUGGUGUCGAUGCUUCAUACAUGGACGGGGAUGGCUUGACACCGACCAGACUGGCUGUUGAAUCGCCGUUCUUAAAGCAGAAACCGGAGCUUGCUGAUCGUAUAGUUACGCUACUAUUGGAAACUGGCGCCGGGUUCUAG